AUGGAUCAAUUCUUUUUACCAUUAUAUAUACAAGCUACAAUCAUCAACAAGUUGGUGAUUUACAGCUACACUCACAUUUGCACUCUGCGAACCCCAUAUGACUUCCUCGACUGGAAAUACUCAAGAGCUCCAUUUUAUGGUGGACAGUGUUGGAGCGCGAGCAGUGAUCACGUGGCAUCAUACAGUGAUAUAUGCAAAUUGCUAUACACUGGUGAGCUACCUGUUCGCCAACACAAUAGACAUUCGGAUAUGAUCGACUUGGCAUUGGUCUCGAAAUGGUGGUUUCAAGUGAUCAGAAAAAUCAAAGCAGAGAUCAAUGUUGUGGGAAGGUUCGACAAGGAUAGAUUGAUCCGACUAGUCAACGUGUACUCUAUCCACCAAGCAUGCAAUAUUAAAAGGAUAAAUUGGAACACUUGCUUGGAAAUAGUUGACAAUGAUGAUGAUGCUGAUGAUGGUGAUUAUUAUAAUGGUAAUAAUGAUCGCACAGACCAGCUCGAUUACAAACAAGUCUUGGAUCAAUUGCCACAGCUCGAUACUAUCAAUAUUAUAACAAGUGGUACAAGACUAGAAUCAAUCUCCAAAAUAAUGAAUGAAGUAAUAGCAGCAGCAGGAAGACAAUUGGAGACUACCAUGCUCUUGGAAAUCGGAUCCCUCGAGAAAGCUAUAAAGAUCAAUAUGCAUGGAUUCGUCCCAAAUCAUAGUACAGUGGUCUCGUUGAUUAUAGCUAUGAAAUAUCAUAGCGCCGAGAUACUCGAGUUGCUAGGUAAUCUCAAACCAAGUUACCUCAAUCUAUUCCGUGACGAAGACUACGCAAGUCACCACCUCCAAUACAGCAAAAUGUUUGGUGUACUUGAACACACCAAACACAUCUCAAUGGACGAUGAUUAUCUCGAACUACCAGAAUUGUAUCAAUUGCUCACACAACCAAAUUCAAACUUGGAGUCAUUCGAAACCUCAAUAAUUUUGAUCCCAACAAGAAAUCGUCAAGGUGGUUUUAUUCAAAGUUAUAGUCACCAUCUUUUAAAUCAUGAAGAUGAAGUAGAAGAUGAAGAUGAAGAAGAUGAAGAUGAAGAUGUAGAAGAUGAAGAUGUAGGCAUGACAGAAUGGGAUUAUGUUUGUGAAGCCAUUGAAUGCAACACAACUCUAAAACUACUAUUUCUCAAGGAUUACAAUAAUCAAAGCCACCAUGGCACACCAUUGGAUCCAAUUCAGACGAUACCAGCUUUUGAAAUGCCGUUCGAGCUUAUUUGGGAGACCAAUAAAACCAUCGAGUAUCUUGGCAUGUCUUAUUUUUCGCACGUUAUAUCGCCCCAGUUUUUUGCCAGUCUUUCAUAUAACCGAACCAUCACUACCCUGGUCCUGACACAAAAGACCAUUCAUCCGCUAUACGUACCUGAAUUCUCAACGAUGAUUGCAAUCUCGACCACCAUCAAAACACUUUCAAUCGCCGACAAAUAUUUGGAGUGGUGUGACCAGUUACAGUAUGCAUUCCAACAAAACAAGUCAAUCAAGGUUCUCGAUGUAUCAGGCAACUCGUUUGAUAAGAUUGGUACCUCCCAUCUAUUCGACGCAUUGUUGCAUAGUGACACUGUUCACUACUUGGUGGUUGACGGUAGUUGGGAGAGGCCCUAUUUUAAAUAUAAUCAACACAGAUAUUUCCAACAAUCAAAAUCCUUAAAAGAUUAUGCCUGUAGAGAAUGUUUUUACUCUAACUAUUCAAGUUUCCUUUCUCCAUCAUUAUUUCAGCUGUAA